AUGGGAGAGGUGUGGGGGGGAGAGGAAGAUGGCGUGAAAAGAGAGAGGGGGAAGAAGCAAGAAGAAGAAAAGGAAGACAAGGUGUUGGAAAGUAGAGGGGUGGAGCUGACGGGCAGCAGUGUCUUUGACUACAUCCACCCGGGCGACCACGUGGAGACGGCCGAGCAGCUCGGCAUGAAGCUGCCCCCGGGCCGAGGCCUGUCUCUGUCCCAGGGAGCCGUCAACGAAGACGGGGCAUCCUCGGCCUCAUCGUCCUCGCACUCGGAGACGCCCGAACCAGUGGAGUCCAGCAGUCCCAGUCUUCUGCCCAACGAUAACAUUUUGGAACGGUCCUUCUUCAUCCGGAUGAAGUCGACUCUCACAAAGAGAGGAGUGCACAUCAAGUCCUCGGGAUAUAAGGUGAUCCACGUCACGGGGCGCCUACGUUUGAGGAUGGCUCUGACCCACAGCCGCUCGGUGCCCCAUCAGAUCAUGGGCAUGGUGGUGGUGGCCCACGCCCUGCCACCUCCAACCAUCAACGAGGUUCGCAUCGACUGCCAGAUGUUCGUCACCCGAGUCAACAUGGACCUCAAGUUCAUCUACUGCGAGAACAGGAUCAGCGACUACAUGGACCUGACGCCGGCGGACAUCGUGGGCAAACGGUGCUACCAGGUCAUUCACGCCGAAGACGUGGAGGCCAUCAGAGAGUGUCACCUGGACUUGAUAAAUAAGGGUCAGUGUGUGUCGAAGUACUACCGGUGGAUCCAGAAGAACAGCGGUUACAUCUGGAUCCAGUCGAGCGCCACUAUCGCCAUCAACGCCAAGAACGCCAACGAGAAGAACGUCAUCUGGGUCAACUACGUCCUCAGUAACCACGAGUAUAAGGACACGCCCAUGGACAUCGCCCAGCUUCCCAACCUGCCGGAGAAAACCUCAGAGUCCUCCGAAACCUCCGACUCCGAGUCCGAGUCCAAAGAAAACUCCGAUAAUGAGAAUGCCAAGUCCGAGGGGAAACCGGGCUACCAAUCAGAACGCGAGGACCCAGAGACAGACAGCAAGCGUCAACAACAGCCCGGCCAACCGCAUUGCUCCUCCGAACAGGAAAUGAAGCGACAGGAGGAAGGAGACAGCUCGAGUAACCCAGAGAGCCAGGACAGUGACGACAGUCUGGAGCCUUCGGAUGGAGAGGGGGAGGAACAGGAGGAGGCAGGAGGAGGAGGAGGAGGAGGAGAAGGAGGAGGAAGGUUGGGGAGGUUAGCAGGACUGGGAGGGUUGGGUGCUUUGGGCGCCAUUGGAGGACUCGGUAAUCUGGGCGGGCUUCACAUUAAAGUAGAGCACUAUGGCGACGGCGAAGAAGUUCAGCUGCACAACUCGCAAAGUUCUUCAUCGGAGGAGGAGGAGGAAGAGGAGGAUGACCAGGAGGAGGAGGAGGAGGAAGAUGCAGGCGUGCAAGAUUGUGACAGCGCCAACGGCGGAAGCAAGCUCCAGAAGAGGCGAAAGAGAAGGAAAGUGCAGAAAUGGGACGGGUCCCGAAGCAGGAGGAUCCGUCUUUCCUCGACCUCGCCAAGCCCAGUCGCCAUGGGAGACGCCGCGGCGCCGCUGGUCGACCCCUCCCAAGCCGCUCCUGCAAACUCCUCCCACCUGCUCGCCACGGGCUCCUCCCCGCCGAACGGCGCGGCGGCAGCCGCCACGUCCUCGGUGUUGAAAAUCAAGACGGAGAUGGCGGAGCCCAUCAACUUUGACAAUGACAGCAGCAUCUGGAACUUCCCGCCCAACCGAGAGAUCUCCCGAAACGAGUCGCCGUACAGCAUGACCACGAAGCCCGGCGGCGCGCCGGGAGGCCACGAGAACUUCCCCUCACCACAGGGCGGCUCGCUCCAAGUGGCCAUCCCGGACUCAGUCCUGACCCCGCCAGGAACCGAGGGAGGAGGAGGAGGAGGAGCGAGGAAGCCUCCUCCUUACAACGGAAACUCUGCGCUUUCUUCCGGUUCAAACGGCGCCGGUUUGGCGCUUCCCUCCAGUGGCGCUUCGUCAGCAGACCCUCUUUCCCCUCCGCUGUCCGCCUCGCCGCGGGACAAACAACAAGGCACUCCCACAACCUCUUCCUCCUCCUCUUCCUCAUCCUCAUCCUCUUCCUCAUCGACCUCUUCCUCCUCUUCGCUGCUGUACUCCGGCGAUCUGGAGGCUCUGCAGCGUCUGCAGGCCGGUAACGUCGUGCUCCCGUUGGUGCACAGGGUCACGGGCACUCUGGCCUCCACCGGCACGACCUCUCCGCGGGUCUACACCACCGGCACCAUCAGGUACGCGCCGGCAGACGUCACGCUGGCCAUGGCGCAAGGCAACCUGCUCCCGAACGCAGCCAUGAACUUCGUGGACAGCUCCGGGUUCGGCCUGGACCCCAAGACGCCGAUGGAGAUGCUGUACCACCACGUUCACCGGCUCAACAUGUCGGCCGCGGCGGCAGCCGGUCCGUUCGUCGGAUCUCCGGCGGCCGGGACGGGCGGGAACGGCGCCUUGGGAGGCCAGAUGACGAGCGCGGCCAACGUUUUCACCACGGCGGAGGGACUUUUUUCCACGCUACCGUUCCCGGUGUACAGCAACGGGAUCCACGCCACGCAGACGACGCUGGAACGGAAGGAGGAUUAACGCAAAGCGCUCAAGACCGCAUUACUGUGUUUUUUUUUGUUGUUUUUUUCUCCGGGGAACCAACGAACUGUGUCAAAAUUUAAA